AUGUCUCUAAUCAUCGCAUCUACACUUUUUGCUAUGGCUGUUGCACAAUAUGCACCAGUAGCACCACCGCCUGCACCAAUGUGUAAUCCAGGAUGUGUAGGAGGAGCUGCAUGCAUCUCCGGCGCUUGCCAAUGUGCCCAACCAGCCGUCGUCUAUAGUCCUGUUGUUGGAUGUGCUCCUAUUCCGGUAGCACCAGCUCCACCUCCAGUAGCACCAGCACCAGUAGUCGCAGGACGCUUGAUCCCACAGGCCCUCCCCGGCUCCCCAUGUGAACCUGGAGUUGAAUGCACAGGAGGCUCAGUCUGCUCAAUGGGUAUGUGCGCCUGCCCACCAGAACUCGUUCAGGAAGGUACCGUCUGUAUCAGCCGAACCAUCUAUAGUGUUCUACCGCCGCCAGCCAUGGUUGUUCCAAGUGUUCCAGUUGCACCACUAGCCCUCGGAACUCCAUGUUAUGCUGCUCCAGCACCAUGUGUAGCCGGUGCGAUGUGCUCAGCUGGAGUGUGUCAAUGUUCACCGGCCUACACACCGGUUGCCGGCGGAUGUGUGCUUAGGAGUGAGUGA